AUGGCCAGCUCAGCUUCCCUGGAGACCAUGGUGCCCCCGGCCUGCCCGCGCGCUGGAGCGUCACCGGCCACUUCUAAAACACUAGCUUUCUCCAUCGAGCGCAUCAUGGCCAAGACGUCCGAGCCUCGAGCGCCUUUUGAACCCCGGCCUGCUGCGCUAGAGGCCGACAGCAGCCAGAGCAAGAAACUGCUCAACCUCUGCUCGCCGCUGCCCUGUAUGAUCCCCCUCCAGCCUCUAGGCUACGAGGUGCCGUCCAAGACGCUGCUCAGUUACUCGGAGUUCUGGAAGAGCAGCCUCCGGGCGGGCGGCGGUGGAGGAGGAGGCAGCGGCGGGGGGGCCCCAGUGUGCGGCGCCAGCGGCUUGUGCAAAACCAACUGUGGCGUGUGCUGCAAGGCCGAACUGGGCCUCGCGCCUUCUGCACUGCCCGCCGGCAGGGUCAUCAAGCCGCAGGUCAUCAACCAGGCUGUGGGGCUGCCGGCCAGCGGCUCUCUCUACUACUUCAACUACCUGGACUCCACCGCUUACCCACCAUCGGAGCUCCUCGGAGGCCACCUUUUCCCAUCUGGCCUCCUCAACGCACAGGCCCCCACUUCCCUGGCUGCCCACCCUAAGCUUUUUCUGCUGGAGAAUGCCAAACUAGCCAGCCUGACUGCGGACAAGUUCCCCCACCCAGCUGCCUAUCCCCAUAAGGAACGCUUGCACGCGCCGCUGGAGCAGGUGCUGAAGGAGAACUCGGCUUUGACCGCUGAGCGAGGGGGAGUCAAGGGCCACAGCAAACUACCAGGGGGCUCUACAGACAGCAAACCCAAAAACUUCACCUGCGAAGUGUGUGGCAAGGUGUUCAAUGCUCACUAUAACCUCACCCGCCACAUGCCUGUCCACACCGGAGCUAGACCGUUUGUGUGCAAAGUCUGUGGCAAAGGCUUCCGCCAGGCUAGCACUCUCUGCAGACACAAAAUUAUCCAUACCCAGGAAAAACCACAUAAGUGUAACCAGUGCGGCAAAGCCUUCAAUCGCAGCUCCACGCUCAACACGCACAUCCGCAUCCACGCGGGCUACAAGCCCUUCGUCUGCGAGUUUUGCGGCAAAGGCUUUCACCAAAAAGGGAACUACAAGAACCACAAGCUCACCCACAGCGGCGAGAAGCAGUACAAAUGCACUAUCUGUAACAAGGCCUUCCACCAGGUCUACAAUCUGACCUUCCACAUGCACACCCACAACGACAAGAAGCCUUUCACGUGUGCCACUUGCGGCAAAGGUUUUUGCAGAAACUUUGACUUAAAGAAACAUGUGCGCAAACUUCAUGACAGCGUGGGUCCCACCGCCACCCCCUCAGCAAAGGACCUAGCCAGGACAGUUCAGAGCUGA